AUGUCAGGUUCAGGAGGGCACACUGCUGCUAGGAUGCAGGAGCAGAGGAACAUGUUAGACCUGCAGGCUUUCCUGGAGGAUGGCCUGAGAUCAGAGCUGCUGCUCCAACGCCAGCUGCAAGCAAUGAAGGAGGCCCACAAGCAGCAGCUGCAGGAGACAGAGAGGAGACAGAGAGUGGGCCUGGAGAAAAGGAUCCAGCAGAACUCUAUGCUGUCAGCAGGCGUCGACAGGAGGUCUAGUACUGACAGACAACUGGACAAGUUAUUCAGCUCUAGGUAGAUAAUAAUAUAGUAUUUGCCAUUUAGCAGACACUUUCAUCCAAAGCGACUAACAGUCAUGCGUGCAAACAUUUUAUUACGUUUGAGUGGUCCCGGGAAUCAAACCCACUAUCCUGGCGUUGCAAGAGUCAUACUCUACCAACUAAGCUACAGAGGACCACCAUCACCCAAUGAUGUUAAUACAUUGUAAACACAAUUACUAAUGAAGGUUGACCCUAUUGUUCUAUGUUACAUAAACAUUUUAAAAUGCAGGGGACCAAGGAGAUCCAGUUCCAUGUCUGACCUGACCUCAGGUAAGAGGUCUACCUCCAGGACCUCCCAACAGGUCUAUCACAUCCUCUGCAGCCUGGGCAUCCGUCACAACUGUUACACAGACAGGAUCACAGCAACUUCAGCACCAAAGACCAACAGAAACAGAGCAGCUCCAACUAAGUAA